AUGUCGCUCCCACGUUCAUCCCGUCAGGCCCUGCGGCUGGGCGGCCAAUUCGGCCGUCAACGUUGCCAGGGCCGCUAUCUGCAGGCGCGGACCGUCGCGAACCUCACCCCGCCGCACCAGGCCGCUGCCAUCUCACGGCUCCCGAGCAACGUCGACCCGUCGUCGGAUGAGUUCAAGGAGAACGAGCGCCAGAUGAGUGAGGUCAUGGGCCGCAUGCAGGACCUGGCGCGCAAGAUCCAGCAGGGCGGGUCGGAGAAGGCCAGGCAAAAGCACCUUGCCCGUAAGAAAAUGCUGCCGCGGGAUCGCGUCACGGCAUUGAUCGAUCCGGGCACUACCUUCCUGGAGCUUUCCCAAAUGGCAGGCUAUGAGCUGUACCCCGAGGCAGAGGUGCCUUCAGCUGGCAUUAUCACAGGCGUUGGUGUUGUUGAGGGCGUCACGUGUGUGAUUGUCGCAAACGACAGCACCGUCAAAGGCGGCACAUACUACCCGAUCACAGUGAAGAAGCAUCUCCGCGCACAAACUGUUGCUCGAGAGAACAAGCUACCAUGCAUCUACCUCGUUGACAGCGGCGGCGCGAACCUGCCCCAUCAGGCAGACGUCUUCCCUGACGAGAACCACUUUGGCCGAAUCUUCUACAAUCAGGCCAAGAUGAGUUCUGAAGGCAUCCCCCAAGUAGCGGUAGUCAUGGGACCUUGCACGGCCGGUGGCGCAUACGUCCCAGCCAUGAGCGACGAGAGCAUCAUUGUCGACGGGCAGGGACACAUCUUCCUCGCCGGCCCGCCCCUGGUCAAAGCCGCGACUGGCGAAGUCGUCAGCCAUGAAGAGCUAGGAGGCGGGAAAAUGCACUCGUCCGUCUCAGGCGUGACGGAUUACCUUGCCGUGGAUGAUGCCCAUGCCAUCGUGCUAGCUCGUCGCUGCAUCAGCAACCUCAACUGGCCGGCGAGGUCGCCAAACACCCAAACGCCCAAGCCUACCUUCUCUGAGCCGCUACAUAACCCGGAGGAACUUCUUGGAAUUGCUUCGACGAACUUGAGGAAGCCCCUACCUAUCCGGGAGGUCAUUUCCCGUAUCGUCGAUGGCUCCGAGUUCUCCGAGUUCAAGCAUGACUUCGGUACCACACUCGUCACAGGCUUCGCCGAGAUCUACGGCCACAAGGUCGGUAUCAUUGCCAAUGACGGCAUCCUCUUCGCCUCAUCGGCAGUAAAGGGCGCGCACUUCAUCGAGCUAUGCUCGCAGCGCGGCAUCCCACUUGUGUUCCUGCAGAAUAUCGCGGGCUUCAUGGUGGGCUCGCAAUCUGAGCGCGACGGUAUCGCCAAGCACGGCGCCAAGCUAGUGACGGCGGUAGCAUGCGCCGACGUACCCAAGUUUACCGUCGUCGUGGGCGGCAGCUACGGUGCCGGCAACUAUGGUAUGUGUGGCCGCGCCUACUCGCCGCGCUUCCUGUGGAUGUGGCCCAACGCGCGGAUCGGCGUCAUGGGCGGCGAGCAGCUGGCCGCCGUCAUGGAGACAGUUGGUAAAAAGGCAGACCCGGAACUGAAGGAGCGGAUCGAGCGAGAGAGCGACGCGACAUACUCUUCGGCCAGACUAUGGGAUGACGGCAUCAUCCCACCGCAACACACCAGACGAUACCUUGGUCUGGGAUUAAUGGCUGCUAUGGGAGGAAGGAAUGAAGUUAAGGCGGGCGAUACCAAGUUCGGUGUCUUUCGAAUGUAA